AUGGUGUUGUUAAUUGGUGUAAUUAAAUCAUCAAUAUCAACCAUUAAUAAUAUUCCUACUCAAUAUAACACUUGUUCACUCAAUCGUUCAAGUUUUCCAACUGGUUUUCUCUUUGGGACAUCUUCCUCAGCUUAUCAGUACGAAGGUGGUGCCCAAGAAGGUGGCAAGGGACCAAGUAUAUGGGAUACUUACACACACAAACAUCCAGAUAAGAUAAAGGACGGUAGCAAUGGCGAUGUGGCUGUUGAUGCAUAUCAUCGCUAUAAGGAGGAUGUGAAAAUUAUGAAGGAAAUGGGAUUGGAUGCUUAUAGAUUCUCUAUCUCAUGGCCAAGAUUGCUACCAAGUGGAAAGCUAAGUGGGGGAGUGAACAAGGAAGGAAUCAAAUACUACAACAACCUAAUUAAUGAACUCCUAGCCAAUGGCUUAAAACCAUUUGUAACACUCUUCCACUGGGAUCUUCCCCAAGCCUUAGAAGAUGAAUAUGGGGGUUUCUUAAGCCCUAACAUAGUGCACCAUUUCAAGGAGUAUACAGAGCUAUGUUUCAAGGAAUUUGGUGAUAGAGUGAAGCAUUGGAUCACAUUGAAUGAGCCAAUAGCUUAUAGUGUGGCUGGUUAUGCAACAGGAAUGUUCCCACCAGGAAGGUGUUCCGAAUGGCAACACAUGAAUUGUACGGCUGGGAAUUCUGGCACCGAGCCAUAUUUGGUCACGCACCACCAACUUCUCGCUCAUGCAGCCUCGGCUAGGCUUUACAAGGACAAGUAUCAGGUACGUCGACCUUAA